AAUCUCAACACCAGCAUCACCACCACCACCAAUAUCACCACCGGCAUCUUAGAAGAACCCUCAGAAGCAGAAUCUCAACACCAGCAUCAUCACCACCACCACCAAUAUCACCACCGGCAUCUUAGAAGAACCCUCAGAAGCAGAAUCUCAACACCAGCAUCACCACCACCACCUCCAAUAUCACCACCGGCAUCUUAGAAGAACCCUCAGAAGCAGAAUCUCAACACCAGCAUCAUCACCACCACCUCCAAUAUCACCACCGGCAUCUUAGAAGAGCCCUCAGAAGCAGAAUCUCAACACCAGCAUCAUCGCCACCACCUCCAAUAUCACCACCGGCAUCUUAGAAGAGCCCUCAGAAGCAGAAUCUCAACACCACCACCACCACCACCACCACCGGCAUCUUCAUCACCACCAGAGGAUAUAAGAAUCUAUAGUGCAGAAAUUCAACACCAGCAACACCACUAACACCAAUAUCACCACCAGUAGAACCCUCAGCAACACCGCUACUACCAGCAUCUUCAUCACCACCACCACCAGUAUCCCAAGAAAAACCCUCAACACCACCACAUCACCACCACCACCUUCAACACCACCCAGCCCUCGUGGUAAAUGGUGAACAUGGACGGUGAGGCGCUCAAACCCGAGGCCUUCCUCACCACCGCCCCCCCCGCGCCCCCCCUCGUCACCACCGCCCGCAGCCCCCCGUCGUACCCCAAGGUCGCCGAGGCAACGGAUGAGUUCCACCCGUUCAUCGAGGCCCUGCUGCCGCACGUUAAGUCGUUCGCCUACACGUGGUUCAACCUGCAGGCGGCCAAGCGGAAGUACUUCAAGAAACACGAGAAGAGGAUGUCCCUGGAGGAGAUAGAAUGGAAAAGAUAA